GUUUCCAAUCAUCACUUGGGGUUGUUACGCCUUUUGUGCAUGUUGUAAAGAACCUGAAGUGCUGGAUAUUUAGGGGGUUUCUGGGGAAGGGAGUGGGGCAGAGGACGCUCGCUGCCCUGUGUCCCAGACCCUGACAGCCCCUCUGAGACCCUGGGCUCCCCCUCCAAGUUUCCCUGUCCCAGUGACUCUGUUUUGUUUCUUUGCUCUGGGGGACACCUGGAGAAAAGGAAACUGAAACUGAAGCUGGAUCCGGCCAUUGGUGCAGGCUCUGGGGACACGCCCCCUGACGUGCUGCUCAGGCUUGGGUUUAUAAGGCGGCUCAGCUGAGCCAGGGCAGCAUCGGCUGGAGGUGCCAGUGGAGGGCCACAGCACACAACAUGGACUGGGACCUGAAGGUGAAGAUGCUGGGGGGCCAGGAGCUCCAGGUGUCCCUGAACAACUCUACGCUGCUGUCAGAGCUGAAGCGGCAGAUCGCCCAGAAGAUCGGCGUGCACGCCUUCCAGCAGCGCCUGGUCAUCCACCCGAGCGGCGGGGAGCUGCAGGACAAGGUCCCCCUCGUCCACCAGGGCCUGGGCCCCGGCAGCACAGCCCUGCUGGUGGUGCAGAGCUGCGAGGAGCCCCUGAGCAUCCUGGUGAGGAAUGACAAGGGCCGCUGCAUAACCUACGAGGUCCAGCUGACGCAGACAGUGGCCAGCCUCAAGCGGCAGGUGUGCCUGCAGGAGAGCGUGCGGGAGGACCAGUUCUGGCUGAGCUUUCAGGGGAAGCCCAUGGAGGACCACCUCCCGCUGGGGGAGUACGGCCUCACACCUCUGUGCACCGUGUUCAUGCAACUGCGCCUUCGGGGGGGCAGCUGGGCAGGGCCUCCCCACCCAGCCUGACCGGGACCAAGCACUGCAAAUAAAUGUGGCUGCAAAGAGCAA